AUGGCGGUCCGCGCUUCGAAACCUUCAAUCGAGCUCAACAAACCGACCAAAAUCAUCAUGUAUUUGUGCCUCUCGCCCAUCGUCAAAGUGUCGCCAUCAUUCGUGCUGGUGCGUGCAGGUGAUCACCUGUCCGCUACGGCAGCCCAUCGUCAAAGUGUCGCCAUCAUUCGUGCUGUGAUGAAGACGCAGAGCCUGGCAUCACCGCAGAAAUACGUGCUGACGGUGCUGAUCGUGGUUCAGUUGCGGCAAAUUACAUUAACGGCUUAG